AUGAAGAAGAGGAAGGAAAGGGUGUCCUCUGAAUCGACCCUUUCUUCAGUGGUGGGUAUCACUGCAGAAGGAAGCACUGCACUGACACUUGCUGCUUCAGAAAGUAAGGCACAUAAGGUAGUGAUUGAGGAUCUUGCUCUUGUCGAAAGAGAUGCUUUAUCAGGAAUUAAGGGUAGAGACUUUGACUCAGCAUGUGGUCUUACUGAGACCAGAGCCUUGAUUGUGUGGCAAGCAUCACCUAUCCUAGAGGAGAUGGUUGCCCACAAUCAGUUAGACUCCAAGCAGGACCCAGAGAGUUUCAGGCUUCCGGCGACCUCUGAUAUUGAGAACCAGCGACAAGGACCAACUGCACAAAUGACCAAUAUUUCGUUUAUGGUUGAGAGCUCAUCCAGUGCAAGGCCGACUGUCCAGGAUGAUGAAAACUUGAGGGGAGAUUUUCUCACAUUGAUCAAUGAGAGUAACGCAAGAAUCAUGGGAAGGUAUGAUGCCCACAUAAGCAAAUUGAAGGCAGAGAACACAAAAUCAAUAGAGGAAUUGGAAAAUGAAAGAGAGAGGACAAGAAUUCUUGAAGAGAGGCUCCAACGAGAAUUGGAAAAUGAAAGGACAGCAGCUGCUGAGAGAACUAGACUUCUUGAAAAGAAGCUCCAAAGAGAACUGGAACAUGAACGAGAAGCUGCUAUUGAGAGAACAAGAAUUCUUGAAGAGAGGCUCCAACGAGAAUUGGAAAAUGAAAGGGCAGCAGCUGCUGAGAGAACUAGACUUCUUGAAAAGAAGCUCCAAAGUGUGGAACAUGAUCGAGAAGCUGCUAUUGAGAGAACAAGAGUUCUUGAUGAGAGAUUCCAAAGAGAAUCUGAAAUAGCACAUACUACUGCAAGCCGGAAUGAAGCCUUAAAAGAGGAGAUUUUCAAACUUAAUGAGGAACUGGAACAUGGAAGAGCAGAUAACAAGGCUCUGAUGUCAGAUAUUUUGGAGAAAAGUGAGGAACUCGCUACACUCAAAUAUUAUUCCAAUAUGCUUGAGUCAGAGAAGACACAUCUAGAAAAUCAAGUUGACUAUCUUGACAAGGAAUUGAAAUAUGCUAGGAAAGAGCACAGAAGAUAUGUCAGUAAGGUCUUGGAUGCAGCAAGAGCCAUUCCUAACGACUUAGAGCCGAUCAACUCUGAUGCUCUCCCUGGAUCGAGGCGCAAGUCGGGGAUCUGUUAG